AAGGGAAAAAGGAUGGGUAAAACAACGGAAAAAAACUGACGAAAUUUUGCUCGAGCUCAGCGAAACUGUAUCCAUUAUGCGCAUUGUACUUGCGCGUUCAGAGCGGAUGUUUGCGUUGAUACUUCAAAUUAAGAGCAUCACAUUGGUUGGGUUUCUGGUACCAGUGUUUACUUAAAGGACAAGCAGUGCACACAAGUGAAAGAUUCCAAUGUAUGACUAAUCAAUGUAUUUCUUUUCAAGUGCCCGGAUGUUAGCAUUUUAUGUUCGAAAGACGAGCCGAAUUACCAUCACGGAAUUGAAAACACGAUCACGAUUGUGCAGUAAGAGAUGCGGAAAUGCCGAAAAUGGAAAUUAAAUUGUUUUUCCACACAAUUUUGCUAAGUGGAGGCAAGCUACGACCAGAAGUGUGUCAUGUAGCUUCAUAUUUUGCGAGAUUUUCUACCCAUACAUUUUUCUCACCCCUAAGGGGGCUCCGUAUAAUAGCAUGAAAGUAAUUUUAUUUUUUUAGCAUGAAAGUAAUUUUAUUUUUUUAAACCGGAUGUUGUUGACGGAAGAAGCUAAGACUCGAAGCUCGUGCGCGUCGUCUUAUUAUCAGGUAAAAUGUUUAAUUAAAUGUAUGUUUUUAACAUGAAAUAUCCACUUUGGAGUCGUUACGCUAGUUAGCUAGCUAGCUAGCUUACUUGGCUGAGCUGUGAGCAGUUAAUGUGAAGAAGUGAAAACAGAGGCUUUUAAAUUAUCGUUUUCAUUUCAUCCGUUUUUUUCAAAAAGAUGUAUUUCACAGGCUAAACGCGCCAGAAUAUGAAAGUCGAAUGACGUGAAUUGAGUUUGUGUUGGUGAAACUAGCUGACGAUGAAAGCAACGUUAGUGACUCAUCAAAAAAAAAAACAAACAAGCCAAGAUGGAGUAGGAUGUUGUAUAACCAUGAUGAUAAAAGAUGAUAAAAGAUGAUGUGUUGCGUCAGCAUGAAGCUGCGUGUUCGCAUCUGCAAGCAGACCUGCAAAGUGGACUUAUUUGGACCCGAGUCCACUUUGAAGGAGCUGACAGCACACAUCCAGGACGUCCUGCUACCCUCCCACGGCCUCAGUCGGGACGUGGCGUUUGGUCUUUCUCUGAACGGCGCCGAGCUCCUGUCUGACACGAGCCAGAGGCUGUCGUCCUGCGGCGUGGUCCCCGGAGAUCUCAUCCGCGUGUUGCUUCCCGCCGCCGCGACCCGGAAGCCCCCCACCGAGCCGACCGCCAGCAGACGCGCCGGCAUGACCUCCAGCGGGACCUGUAGCCCCGCCCCUCCCGACCCUUCGGAGGCGUCGUGCUCCUCCGGCCCCCGAGCACCGCCCGUCCUCAGUUGGGAACCGAUGCUGUGUGGCGAGGCCGGCGAAGGACAGGCGCCGCGCUCUCUGGAGCUGCUCUAUCACGCCGCCGCUGUCACCUGUCCCAGCGACGCCAUCAUGGUGGCCGCUCACCUCCUCAUGCUGGAGACGGGAUUCACGCUGCAGGAUAGCGAGGUGAAGUCCACGGAGAUGCCAGUUGAAUGGCGGUCAGGGGGUGGAGCUUACAGACUUCAGUACACGCACACGUUGUGCGAAAAGGGUGUGGCCACGGUGGUGGCGGUGCGCAUGAGCCCCGUGCUCAUUAUCGAAGCCAUUCUGCAGGUGGGCGACAGCGCCAGCAUGGCGGCUAAGGUGUGCGUGGACCCUUCCAGCUACGUGACGGAGGCGUGGCCAGGCGGGAGCGCGGCCGCUGCCUUCAAGGCUUUGAGUCGACUGUCGCGAGUCUUCAAAGACCAGCUGGUGUACCCGCUGAUCGCCGCUACACGUGAAGCCUUGUCUCUGCCAGUGGCGUUCGGCCUGGCGGCGCUCCCUCCCGAGCUCCUCCUCCUCGUGCUGCGCCUGCUGGACGUGUGCUCGCUGGUGAGGCUGUCGGCCGUCUGCAAGCACCUGCACGCCUCCACCGACGACCCGGCGCUCUGGAGACAUCUGGUCCGACGCGACUUCAGCGAUCACAACUGGCAGGGAGAAACCAACUGGAAGGAGUGUGUGUGUAUGUGUGUGCGCACGCAGCUCUACAAAAGUUUCUACAGGUUCCGGCAAAAAGGAGGAUGUGUGGACCGGCCCUGCUCCCUCCCUCUUAUUCAUCGCCACAUCUUUAGCCCCGCCCCUUACUCGCCACUGCCCGGCAUCAUCGGCGGCGCAUACGACCUGAGACCCGCCGUCCCCUACGGCAUGCUGCCCACACCUCGUUACGACCCGAUUGGUCCGCCUCUCCACGGCUCGCUGCACAGCGAGCGCCGACGGCGGCGCAGCGACCCCCGACCGCCGCCGGGUGGCGCUCGGGCCGCCGACAUCAGACGAGGGUUCAUCUGAAAGAGCGUGACCUCACAUAACCGCCGGUGUUGGAAUGCAGCAGAUGGCCCCACUCCUGAACGUGACGAGACGUUCGUAACGAUGCUUCACACAGCGCCGUCAUGGCGGCCUGCUGACCCUGAUGAUGACAUCACUUUGAUGAUUCAGCGUUACGUCGUCACGCUAAUGCUAAAAAGCACUUUGUCAACAAAUGUUAGUUUUCUUGUAAAGAAUGGCAAAGCUUGCUUUUGUUGUGCCUUACAUUAAACUGCAAUCAAUCAAAUCA